GGCAAAUGUCAUUCUACCGUAAUUUACACUGCAUUCCAUUUUUUCUCUCCAUUUCAUUUGGCUUUGCGCUGAUGGAAACCGAUACCAGUACUGCUUCUGCAACUGAAAACCAUACUCAUAACCAUCAUCAUAUACACCCGCCUCAACCCCAUGGGCACCAUGACAUUCUCCCUUCCUCCUCCGUUCUUAUUAUAGUCAUUCCGAUCAUUAUUAUGUUCUUACUUCUCGCAAUUCUGUUGAUAAUUGUAAUGCUCCGACGCCUGCAAUCUGCGAAAUGCAAUCGCAACCCAAAAAGUAGUAAAGGUGUAAUCAACAACAGCAAUUGCAUGUUUAUUGAUCAUAGCACCAUAAACAUCAAUUCCAGUCCAGCGGAAGCGAAGAGCGGCGGGUGUCUGUACGGAACCAGUUCGUGUCGAGCGCAGCAACCUCGACUGAGAAAUGCUCAAGUAUUUACAUUCAAGGAGCUGGAAAUGGCUACGGAUAAAUUUAGUAAAGAAAAUUUGAUAGGGAACGGAGCAUAUGGAGUAGUUUACAGAGGGAUCCUCAGUGAUGGGACUGUGGCAGCGAUUAAGAUGCUGCACCGCGAAGGCAGGCAAGGAGAACGUGCUUUUCGGUUAGAGGUAGAUUUACUGAGCCGCUUGCACUGUCCAUACAUAGCGCAACUUCUAGGCUACUGUGCAGAUCAAAACCACAGACUACUUGUUUUUGAAUACAUGCCAAAUGGUUCUCUUCAAAAGCAUCUCCAACCGGGCAAGAAUAAAUCCAAAACAAGGCCAUUGAAUUGGGGGAUUCGAUUGAGAAUUGCCCUGGAUUGCGGCAGGGCCCUAGAAUACUUGCAUGAACACACGAUACCGUCUGUCAUUCACCGCAACUUUAAAUGCAGUAGUAUCCUGUUGGAUCAAAAUUUCAGGGCCAAAUUGUCUGGUUUUGGGUUGGCUAAAAUAGGCUCAGACAAGGUCAAUGGCCUAAUCUCAACACGCGUUCUAGGGACCACGGGAUAUUUGGCCCCCGAGUAUGCUUCGACUGGCAAGCUUACCACAAAAUCAGACGUAUACAGUUACGGUGUGAUUCUUUUAGAGCUCUUAACAGGCCGUGUGCCUAUUGAUGCCAAUCGGCCUCCUGGAGAACACGUCCUAGUCUCUUGGGCUCUUCCACGUUUAACAAACAGAGAUAAAGUAGAGGAAAUGGUGGAUCCAGCUCUACAAGGCCAAUAUUCGAACAAGGAUCUGAUUCAAGUGGCUGCUAUUGCAGCUAUGUGUGUACAAACUGAAGCUGAUUAUCGACCUCUAAUGACAGAUGUCGUCCAGUCCUUGAUCCCACUAGUAAAAAAUCUCUCUUCAGCACGUUCCUCCUCCAAUUCACUCCGAUAUAAUUAAACAGUAAGUCCAAGGUCUUAAACGGAGUCCGAUUCUACUUUCCUAGAUAGUGCAGUGUGUGUCCUGUACGUUAUUUACUGUGUGCAUUACUUGUCUGCAAAAAUUCACCGUUUAUAAGACAUCAAAAACAUUCGGAUUUAUUUUAUAGAUUAGAAACUAGAAACUAGAAAGGAUAAGCAGCGUUUGAAGGCGGGAAGAUACUCAAAUAAAUCUGAAACGUUUUCAUUUUGUACUGUAGAAACAAAGAAAUCUUACUAUGAUGAGUGAGUAAACAUAAUUGACUUA